AUGUUUCAACAAUUACCAAACGAGAUCAUUUUCGAGAUUUUCAACUUUUUACCAUGCCGAUUCUUAUUUGAUUACCGAAUGAUGGAUGUAUGGCAUCGGGUAUUAUAUUCCUCUCCGUUACUUCCCUUCUCAAGAAAUGACACCAAGAAUGAUCACUCUCUUGAUUAUUCAUUAUUUAAGAACAUUCUUAUCGAGAGAUUAAAUCGGAAAGAAUUCCUUUGGAGAUAUUACCAAGUAUCGCACCUACAAAUGGUUUUUGUACUCUUUGAAGUUUGUUUGAAUCAUUUUGGGAGAUGGAUCCGACAUUUCAAUGGUUUUUAUCAUUUAUUGGGAAUUCCUCAAGAAAUGUUGCAUGUGAUGGAAGAUCAACUUCAGAUUUCAACCUUGAUGACAACACGAGCGAGUGUAAGAGCUAUUGAAGAAAUUGAAAGAAAUUUCAAUGCAAAUGAGGGAUGGAGUUAUCAAGAGCUCAGUUUUCUUUUUGAAUUUAUUUCUCGAAAUAAUUAUUUAUUAUUGAUGGAUAAGGCGGAGAAAACUCUUCCUUCUUAUACUAGUGAUGAAGAUGGAUAUGAAAAAAGACCCAAUAUCGAGAUUAGUUGGGCCAUUGUGAAUGAUGUGACUCAUUUCACUCAUCUCGAAAGUUUUAUUUUUCAGUCAUUGUUGAUGGAUGAAGGAUGUCAAUUGUUGAAUCAUGUGUGGAAUUCCAUUCAACCUUGUUCAACAAGUUCAUGUAUUCGAUUGAGAGGUCAACUCAUUUGGAGGAAUGGAAAAUAUAGUCUCAAUUUGUAUCAUCCUCACUUUUGUUCAAAACUUUUAUCGAAUAAGACAACAGAGCUUGAAUCAGAACUUUUUGAACAAAUGUUGGGAUUAUUGAGAGAUAAAUCGUGUUUCAACGUUGCGGUUAAAGAAUUGCUCUUACAACGUUAUUGGUUUCCAGCAAUGGAUGGUGGAUCCAUUUGGUGUGAAACUAAAAAUCAGCGUGCUUGGAGUUCCAUUGAGAAUUAUCUUGGCAUUACUAUUGAGGAACGAUACCAUCCCUUUGUGAAAGAAUGUCUUUCUACAAUUUUAUGUACCACAAGCAAUUUAGAUGCUCCACAGCUGUCCAUUCACAAAUAUGAAAUGACAAUCUUCCCACAAUCUCGAAAAGUGAAAUUUCGAAUCAUUCCAAAAAAAAUUCCACCUGUGGUUGUUUCAUUAUUCUUCAAGUUGCUUUUAUAUGGAGUUCUUGAUUUUCAUACUGGAAUAUUCACUUGGACGUUCACAAGGUGGUGUUGGAAUUCUUCAUCAUUAUCGUUUGGGAUCAAAGUCCCGAUAAUUAUUUUAGGAGCUUUCUUCGAGACUAGUAUCACUGGUUUGUGUGCUUCGUUUUUAAGUCAUGCUCUUUUGUGUGCUGCUGUGUCAACGAUUUUCUCCACUUUGGAAUACGAGGCAGAUGUGAAAUUUUCAGGAUCACUGAGUCAUGAAGAGAACAACAACAAUGAUGAUGACAAAUGA